GAAGUUCCUGUUUUCCUGACAGGUCACAGCAAACUCUUGAUUUCAGAAGAAGAGAAUAUCCUUUAUUGAAGGUCUUGAAGAAGAAAUAUAACCAGAUUGAGUCAAGAGUGAUUUUGUUCCUUUACAUCGCUCUGUUGCCUCAAGAAAAUAUUACAGGAGUUAAAGAGAACACAAUUAGUCCAGAGGUAUUCAGGGUUGGGUGAUCACACAGCAUCAAAGAUAAAAAAACAACCGACUACACACAGACAAAAAUGUAUGGCAAUGAUCCGGAAUCUAAACAGCCAGAUGGAGAAUCUAAAUGCUAUCCUUUCAGAUCACCAUCAAAACUCAAAGAAUCAUGCACCUACAUACGCAUCCCAUUCUCUCUAAUGUCUGGCAAUGAAUCAGAAUCUAAAGAAGAAAAUGAAAGGGUCAGCUCUCCCUACAAAUUUAUCGAUGGAUUUCCUUCAGGUUGUACUGACCUAAGGAAAAGAAAAUCGUAUGUCCUGUCAUACAACAAUGAAACGAAGAAUGCUGAAUGGGUGUAUGAGAUACUGAACAAAAGUAUUAUAACUAAAAGUAACCAAACUGCUGAAAAUGAUCAAAUCAGUUCAAAAUACAUGAACUUUGGAGAGACAUUAUCUAACAAGGACUAUGAACAAGGUCAUCUCGCUGCGGCUGCCAAUCACAGAUGGUCUCAGGAAGCCUAUCAUGACACGUACUUGAUGAGCAACAUUGUACCUCAGCCUCAGGCCCUAAACAAAAGCCCCUGGAAAAGGUUUGAGAAUUAUUGUCGAUAUACUGCUGCAAAAGCCUCUGUCCGCAAUGUCCAUGUGUACUCUGGACCACUUUACCUGAGAGAAAAAGAGAAGGGUGAGUAUGCUCCUGUGACUGACACUAGUAAAAUGACAUGGUUGGAUGGGAAAGCAGUGCCAACUCACUUAUUUAAGGUGAUUACUGUAGAGAAUAACAAUGGGACAGUAAAACACCCAGACGUCUUUGUGAUGCCCGAACUGUAUAUUGAUGAGGAGGAUGGACAUUUACGAAAUGACAUAGGAGACAAUAUAGUCUAUCUAAAAAACAAGUACAGAAUGGAUAGUGAGUUAUUUCAGAGCCUCUCUGGGCUGCAAUUCCUCAAAAGCUGUCCUAAUGAGGAAAUGAUGGUCAGUAUAAAGACAAUUAACUGGAAGGGAGAAAAUAAAUUAGGAGAGAUAUGUAGUGUUCAAACGGAAGUGAGACUAAGUUACCCACCUCUUAAGUUGAUUUAGUUCUGUGGAAACCAGUUGCCUUAUACCAGGGGUGUUCAACAAUUUCAUCCUUUGGGAGGCUUGUAGCUUUUCUCUACCUGUUUGCUUAUAAAAAGUUGUAUAAACAUCCGUAAAAAAAAAAAAGUAAACAUUAUAAGCUUGUCAGUCACUGCGAUCAACCAGUAUUACACACUCUCAGAAAAAAUAAAAAAAAGCUGGGGUGUUAACUUUUCAAAGGGUACACUUUUGGAGCCAAAGGGUGUAUAUUGGUUCCUUAUAGGCACAAAAUCUGACAUUUUGAAAAGGUACCGCCCCAGUGACUUUUUUUAUUUUUAUUUUUUUCUGAGAGUGCAGUUAGCUAGAUAAUAGCAAAAACUAUAGACUCAAGAAAUGUGUCAUUAUAUGACAGUCAACAAAAGACUAAGCCGCUUCGGUUUGCAGAGCAUGACCAUGCAAUUCUAAAUGUUUAACAGGCUGAUGAUUAUUAACUACAGUACAGAUAAUUAAUUCUCACAACUUAUUCCUUUGUUUGAAUAAAUCACACUGAAGGAUGUAAGGGUUUAACAACACAU